AUGAAGUAUAUUUAUCGAGGAUUCUGGGAAAUUGAAGCUCAAGUUCUCAGACUCAGAUUUUGGGAGCGUGAUUUCAAACCAGAACUACAAAAAACUUCAACUGCUUUUGUAUGGAUUGGAUUUCCAGGAUUAUGCAUUGAAUAUUGGACUGAAAAUAUACUAAUGGAAAUGGAAAGAGCUCUUGGAAGACCAAUUUGGGUAGAUGAAACUACUUUGAAAAAGGAUAUAGGGUAUUAUGCAAGCAUAUAUGUUGAAAUUGAUUUAGCUAAAGUGAUUCCAAACAAGGUUUGGGUUGAAACCGAAUAUGGCAAGUUUGAACAAGAGUACAAAGCUCAAGUGGAGAACAAUGGUGGUUUCACUAGUACUUUAGAAUCUCCUAAAGAGUUUCCUGUAUUAUCAGCUGAGAAAGUGUUAGAGGUUGGAACAAGCAUUCCUUCCUUGAAUAAUAAUGUUGGUGUUUCAAAUUUAGUAGCAUCAUCUUUGGUGGAGUCUGAUGAGGUAAUUUCUGCUCAAGUUCUGUCAAAUAUAACUGCUGAGACUGAUAAAAUGGGUGAAUGGAAGGAUGUUUUAGGAAAAGCUUCAAAAUCAAGAAAACUCAAUACGAUUGUAGAAGGAGCUAAUGGGGGUAAGACUUUUAUUUCUCCAAGAAAAUUUAAUGCUCUGAUUGAUGUACCUGAAAAGCAAGAUAUUAGUUUUCCAAAAGUUAUUGGUAGACCUACUAAAGGGAAAGUUAAAGGUAUUCCUACAGUUACAACUAGAAAUCAAGCUAGUAAUUUAGUUAAAAUGAAUCCUGGUGGGGGGAGUUCAAAUACCUCCCAAAUUUCUCAAUCUCAAUGA